CUUCAAAAUUUUCAAAUUCUGAAAAGAAACAAAAACAACGCAAACAAAAACCAUACAUAAUUUCCGACAGUUUUUUUUUUCAUCUCCAACAUCAUUCUUAAACAACAAAUUUCACCUUAAAAAUUCACGUUCUUCAUCAUUCUCAAAAGAAAAAAUGGUGUACUCCAACUCCAACUACACCCCCACUUACUACUCAUCACUCCAUGGUUCAAUCACCUCUUUCUGCAAAACCAUUCUUCCUUUCAGCUUCAAGAAACGAUCUUUACAAUCUGCAGAACAUAAGCUCUCAAAGCUACAAUCUGAUAACCUUAAAUGGCAACAAGAUUCUUUCCACCAAGUUUUGAACUUGAUGGGUCUUCACAAAGAAGGAAUUGUAGCUGAAACCGAAGUUUCGGCUUUCAAAACUCACUUGCUUGAAACCCUUAUCGCUUCGUCUUCGGAACAAGAAAGUCCGGUUAUAUUAAGAGACAAGCUUCUGUUUUUGCAGGAACUGCUUUAUGCUAAGUGUAUUUCUGAAGAUGAUUACCAUUCUUCAAAAAGGCCGUUGUUGCAAAGAUUAGCAGUGCAAGGAGUUCAGAUUCAAGCUAAGGAUGUGAUCGCGGGGAAGUCGAAGGAUGUGAAAGAGAAUUCUGAAGAGGAGUGGUCUGUGAUUGACUUGAAGGAUGAUAAGAGUUUGAUGAACAAGGAGAAUUUGAAUUCUAAGGGAAAAUCGAAUCACGGGUUGGGUUUGAAACAGAUUAAAGGAUCGGUUUUGGGGUUUGUUUCUUCGAACAAGCAUGAAAAGAGUAUAUUUGAUUCACCUUCUUUGAAUUCAAAGGGAAAACAGGAGAAUGAAGGUGUGUCAAUUCUAAUGGAAGAAAGUGGGCCUCCGGAACCGGGGAAGGAAAGCGGUGGUGGUGGUGGUGGUUCGGAAAAGUUGAAGAGGAAACCUUUUAGGACAUUGUUUCAUAGGGAGCAGAGAGAGGGAUUGGUGAAAAAACAAUGGGGGUUUGAUGGAUUUAAGAAAGGGAAGAAAAAUGAAUUGGAUGAUGAUGAGACAGCUCCUUUGCCUCUGAAUCAGAGAUCUGAUAGUGAGGCCUUCUCAGCUUCAUCUCAGUCUUUUGCAAGGGAUGGACCAGACACCAAGUUGAUCAAAAAGAAGUUGCAUUCUGAUGGUUCCCCUUCUGAUUUUUUCAUUGACAAGGUUUUGGGAAACAACAUAAAAAAGGAGCUGUCAAGAAUUCAGACAGAACUUAGCAGCACAAAUCCAAAUCUUAAAUUUUCGAAUGAUCAAAUGGAAGCAAUAUCUACAAGGAUUCCAGUGGACAAAGCUGAUUUGAAGAACUACUUCCCUAAAUCAUGGUGUGACCGAUAUGGUGAUGUUGUAUUGGAUGUGGUGAAGAAGGAAUUCAAAAGCCAUGUUGAAGAAAUGGAAAGCAUGCGCAGCAUAGCGAAAGAAAAACACAGUGAGAACUCGAGGCGGUGGACAACAUUUGAUGAUGAUGAGAAUAUUCAUCCGAAUCUUUUUGUUCAUCGUGACAAUUCAGUUCGCAGUAGUAACAUCAAUCCAUUUUCUCAAAACUAUUGAGAAUACAUGACUGAUUAAGCUGAGGUCUCUAUCAGCUUCUUUCUCCAAGCAAAUGUUAGUAGUCAAGAUUUGAACUUUGAACCUUGUUCACAGAAAAUGUUCAACCUCUUUGAACUACGCUGAAAGGUCUCAUCUGGAGGAGUCUAAAACUGUUAUGUAGAAGACCAUAAAAAAGACUUAAUUACUAGUGUCUGAAUUAUCAAUAAUACUAUUUUCAUGAUAUGAAAUCUCUUAUAUAUCAAACAUUUAUGUUU